AUGUUCACGUCCCCGAUCAUGUUCAAAGCGGGCUUCACCAUCCUCGACACGAUCGCAAAUUCCAGAUCUAAAAUCCUGAAUCCAGAUGCGAACCCGGUUCUGAGAGCGGUCGUCAAGCCCUUGGUAUACGACCAAUUCUGUGCCGGGACCAACCAGAAGGAAAUCUUCAAGACCCGAGACCAGAUUCGGAAAAUGGGGUAUGCUGGUGUGAUUCUUUGCUACGGAAGGGAGACGGUCGUUGACUCUUCCAACAAGGCUCGAGCGACGGGAGCUGAGAGCGCAGCUACUAAGGAUGCCGGGCUGAACAUGUGGAAGAACGGAAAUCUCGCGACGCUUGACAUGGCGGGUAGUGGAGACUGGCUCGGGAUCAAACUCACAGGAGCCGGUUCGGAAGCGGUGAAAGCCUUACUGGCAGACUCCGCAGCGCCCGAAUCUUUCGUCGGCGCCAUGGACGAAAUCUGUGCGAAAGCUCGCGCGCGAAAUUGCAGGAUCUGGAUCGACUCGGAACAAUCGGCCGUCCAGACGGCCAUCGAUCGCUGGACGAUCGAUUUGAUGCGGCGCUGGAAUCGAGAUGGUCACGCGCUGGUCUACAAUACUCUCCAGGCAUACCUCAAGGAAUCCCGCUCCAAAUUAAAAUCCCAGCUUUCUCUCGCCGAUCGCGAACGUUGGACGCUGGCCAUCAAACUCGUCCGAGGCGCCUACAUCGCUCACGACCAGAGGAGUUUGAUCCACGACUCCAAGCAAGAUACCGAUGACUCGUACAACAGCAUCGUCCGUGACCUCCUCUCCGGCACGAAUCUGGGCUUCCACCCGGAAAAUUUCCCGUCCGUGCAGCUGUUCCUCGCAGGCCAUAAUCCGGAAAGUGUCUCUCGGGCCUGGAAUCUGAUCCAACAACUUUCGGGAAAAGGCGAGCUGAAAGUCGUGCCGGAUUUUGGGCAGUUGCAGGGGAUGGCUGAUGAGCUGGGGUGUAAGAUUUUGCAGAGGUGUGAGGAGCUCGAAGAGAAGAGGAAGGCUGAGGGGGAUAGUGGUGGUGGUGGUGGUGGUGGUGGUGGUGUUGUUGUGCCGAGGGUGUAUAGGUGUUUGACUUGGGGGUCGAUUCAGGAGUGUAUGCAGUAUUUGCUUCGGAGGCUUGUGGAGAAUCAGGGUGGCGCGGAUAGGAUGCGGGAUGGGAUGUUUGAGUAUUAUGGGGAGUUGAAGAGGAGGGUGUUUGGGAGAUUGAUGGGUCGGUCGUGA